GGCCUGCCUUUAGGAUGGCCGGCGUGGGCUUCGAGGAGUUCUCGGCCCCGCCGGGCUCGGAGCUGGCGUUGCCGCCGUUGUUCGGGGGCCACAUCCUGGAGAGCGAACUGGACACCGAGGUGGAGUUUGAGGCCGGUGGCUUGGGGGGCUCCGCUCUCGGGGACCGAGGCGUGGACGAGGAGGACGACGAGGAGGAGGAGGAGGCCCAGGCCGCCCGGGCCCGACGACAACGACAGCGGGAGCUCAGCCGCAGGAAGUACCAGGCCCUCGGACGCCGCUGCCGGGACCUCGAGCAAGUAAACGAGCGUGUCCUCAAUCGGCUCUACCAGGUCCAGAGGAUCACCCGGCGGUUGCGGCAGGAGCGGAGGUUCCUCAUGCGAGUCCUCGACUCUUACGGUGACGACUACAGGAAAAGUCAGUUCACCAUCGUCCUGGAGGAUGAGAGCAGUCACGGUCCCGACGCCCCAACCCCGGGCAACGCCGAGAACGAGCCGCCUGAGCGGGAGGGCCUGUCCCCGGGGGGACUCCCGCGGAGACCCCCCGGACCUCCCGGCGUCGGGGGGACCCUGGAACCCAGUAGCCCUACCCCAGGGGAGGGCCCCAGUGCGAGGAAGAGGCGCCGAACCCCCCGAGACGGACGCAAGACGGGAGCCGGGCUCCUGCCACCCGAGCUCGGCCCCGGCCAGAUCAAAACCGAGGACGAUUUUGGCUUUGAACCCGAAGAGACGCUGGGCUCGAGCUGGGCGUCCCGGGGCCCCGACAAGCUGCUCCCGUACUCCGGCCUGGUCAGCCCUCCCUUUGACUGACGCUCCAGACAAUAAACACCCUCCCGCCCUUCGCUAUGGCCGUCUCGUGCUGGGGUCUGAAGAUGGGGGAGACGAUAAUGAUAAUAACGACGGUAUUUGCUAA